GGAGGUUAGAUUAUGUUGAGAAAUUACAAUAGUAGACAAUUACGAAAGAGGAUUGUUAUUUAUUGUUUUUAUUUUUUUUUUGGAUUUAGUUUUCGGGUUCAGUCAGUCCAUCCGACCGGUUUCAAUUUCAACCAGUUUCUAAGAACCCGAACGGAAGCCUAAUGUCAAGAGUUCGGUUUUGUUUCUUUGAUUGGUUUUGGUCGAUUUGGUGGCUCGGGCUGGAAUUUGACACCACUAGCUCCGGCCUUUAUUUGAACGAGACUUACACUUUUUUAAGAGUCACACGCGCUAUGGUGCGAGUCAAAUGGUACAAAAAAUAGUCAGCCUGCCUUCAUAGACCAUUUAUUCGAUUUAAUCCCAAGUCUUAAUGAACCAACUCAAUAAAAUAUAAGUAUCUUGAUAUAGAAAGGAGAGGAAUAAAUGAAUGAUCAAAUCUCACGAGAAGAGAGAAAAUUAACUGGUACACAAUGAUCCUCAAGUUAGCUGUGUUGUUCCUUCUCCUUAGGAGAUCAUCUGUAGCAUUACAAGAAGAUGAUCUUGGCUUCACUUACAAUGGGUUUCAAGGAGUUAACAUGAGCUUGGAUGGCUUAGCCCAGAUUACAAACAAUGGCCUCCUAGAGUUGGUAAACGCCACUAAGCAACAAAAGGGUCAUGCCUUCUACCCUCAUAUGCUUCACUUCAUGAAUUCCUCCACAGGUAGUGUUUACUCCUUCUCCACUACUUUUGUAUUUGCCAUGUUCUCCAAGUUAACUGCAGUCGGUGGUCCUGGAAUGGCAUUCAUAAUUGCACCCUCGAGAGACUUCACAGAUGCCUUACCAGGCUCUUAUCUAGGCCUCUUCAAUGCCACCAACAGGGGCAAAUCAUCAAACCAUGUCAUCGCAGUAGAGCUUGAUUGCAUUAAAAAUAUGGAGUUCGAUGAUAUCAAUGGAAACCAUGUCGGUAUUGAUAUAAACGACUUGAAAUCCAUUGAAUCUACUCCAGCUUCUUAUUUUAGUGAUCAAGAGAAUCGACAAGUGAACCUGACCCUCUUCGGUGGACAUGCCAUGCAAGUUUGGGUGGAAUAUUCUGGUUCACAACGGCAACUUAAUGUAACUUUAGCUCCAUUUGAUGCCCCUAAGCCAACGAUCCCACUCUUGUCCUUGAACAUUGAUCUCUCUCCAAUUGCCGUAGAUCCUAUGUUUGUGGGCUUCUCAUCUGCUAGUCACGCCUUUGAUGUAAACCAUUAUGUGUUGGGUUGGAGUUUUAAGAUGAAUGGGAAAGCGAAAGAACUAACACUUUCUCAGCUUCCUAAGCUUCCUCGGUUAGGACCUAAAAGGAAAUCUAGAAUUUACAGUAUUGGAAUACCUGUGAUUGGUGUUACUUUACUGUUAGUUUUGGUCUUCAUCAUCCAUCUGAUAAUGAAAAGGGAGAAAAAGUUUGCAGAAGUAGUUGAGGAUUGGGAACUAGAUUAUAGACCUCACAGGUUUAAAUAUAAAGAUCUAUACAUCGCCACCAAGGGGUUCAAAGAUGCGGAGCUUCUUGGGACUGGUGGCUUUGGUAAGGUCUAUAGAGGUGUAUUACCCACAUCCAAAACAGAAGUUGCAGUGAAGAGAGUUUCCUACAAUUCUAGACAAGGGGAGAGAGAAUUUGUUGCUGAGAUAGUCAGCAUUGGUAAAUUGCGGAAUCGGAACAUAGUACCACUCUUGGGUUAUUGCCGCCGUAAGGGAGAGCUCCUUCUAGUCUAUGAUUUCAUGCCCAACGGGAGUCUAGAUAAAUUCCUCUUUGAUCAGACAACAACAGAGAUGAAACUAAAUUGGAAUCAAAGAUUUAGAAUCAUCAGAAGUGUUGCAGCAGCGUUAUUAUAUCUGCACGAAGAAUGGGAAAAAGUAGUAGUUCACAGAGAUGUCAAGUCUAGUAAUGUUCUAUUAGACAAGGAGCUCAAUGGAAAAUUAGGAGAUUUUGGGCUUGCAAGAUUAUAUGAUCAUGGAACUGAUCCUCAAACUACCCAUAUGGUGGGGACUCUUGGUUAUCUUGCACCAGAACUCUUUAAAACUGGGAAAGCAAAUCCCAGUGUGGAUGUGUUUGCAUUUGGGGCUUUUUUACUAGAAGUUGCUUGUGGUAGGAAGCCUAUAGAGCCACAAGCAUCAGAAGAGUGUGCUGUUUUAGUGGAUUGGGUGAUUUCCUAUUGGGCUAAGGGUAGGAUUCUUCUUACUGUGGAUCCAAAACUGGGAAUGGAUUAUGAUGUGCAGGAAAUGGAACUUGUGUUAAAACUUGGAUUGCUUUGCUCUCACUCCAUUCCAACUGUAAGGCCCCACAUGCGACAGGUUGUGCGCUAUUUGGAGGGGGAAGUCCCCCUAUCGGAGCUGACAUUGGUUUUUCUAAGCGCAAUGAAUAAUCUCUGUUUGGUGUCCUAAACUUGGAAGCGCAAUGACUCUGUCAUCAUCAGUUGCAGAAUCUAUACUCUCUGCAGGCAGAUGAUUUUAUUGAGUUACAGUUUUGACUGCUUCCUCCUUCUACUGAUGCAAUGCCGAAGGUAAAGGGUUGAAGUAAUUUCUAUUUUGUAUUUGUAUUUGUGUCAUCCAGGUAUGUCUGGACGUUAAUCCUGUAUAUAUUUUAUUUUUUAAUCAUAUUUUACUGAUCAUUAGAAAAAAUUA